UUGUUGUCUCUCUCUGAGUUCUCUGCACAACAACAAAAACAAUGAGUUCCUCGUCUCGUUUCCAUAUGUUUCAGACCACUCAAAAUCUGGAUUCUCUUCUCCUUAAACAACACCAAUAUUCCUACUUCGAUGACAUGCAAUCGUUCCACUCCAUUUCGCCGUUUCCAGUUGCGAAACAGGUUGAUCCGCCGCCGCAGAGUGCCGGAAUUUCUGGGGAUUUUUCUGUUUGUGAGGAGGUGAAGGGAGAAUCUCCGGUUCUUGAAGGGAUUGCGGCGGUGGUGGGGGAGCGUGUGCUUUUUGGCCGCCCCGAGAAUUUGAGGGACGAGGAGAUCGCCGCCGCCGCCGCGGCGGGUGUUGAGAAGCGGAGUGGGGAGGAGAAACAGAGGAGCUAUAGAGGGGUGAGGAAGCGGCCGUGGGGGAGGUGGUCGGCGGAGAUUCGUGACCGGAUAGGGCGGUGCCGUCAUUGGCUGGGGACAUUCGACACGCCGGAGGAGGCCGCCAGAGCUUACGACGUGGCGGCCCGGUGGCUCCGGGGCUCCAAAGCGCGUACCAACUUCGAGAUACCGCCGGUCCUUCCGCCGUCAUCCUCCUCGUCUUCGUCGUCGGAGACGAUGAAAAAGAGGAAAUUGAGCAAUGGCGGCGACGAGGAGGUUAAGAAUAAGAUUAAGAAGAACAAGUGCGCGGUGGUGACAUCGGCGGCGCAACUUUUUAGCUCAUUCCAAAACACCGCGAUCGCCAAGGGGAAUAAUCUCCCAUUGGAGCUUGAUCUUAAGCUCUCCCACUAGCUAGUCCAAUCAUGUUUCUAAUUAACCUAAUAUUUAUAUAUUACUCCCUAAUUAAUUAAAGCCCCAUAUAUCAUCGAAUCCCUUUGUUUUUUGUCUUGUGU